ACGCUUUAUCCAUCAUAACUCAUCCCCGCUUUUCUCUUUUCCGACUACUCGUAUCUCACCUUACCACGCACCGUUUAAAAGUACCAUAAGAGAUCAGCACCAUAUCUACCUUGUUGAAUAUUCCUUCCCAUCAAUCGUAGGGCUCUUACAGAGCUCCAACCGCCCGGUACUGAGAAUUCAUACAUCCUCCCACACUCAUCACCAUCGUCGCUGCCAUAAGCUGACACCGCCCUACUCUACUUGCCAUCUUAACCGAAGCACUUCUCCACUUUAUCGUGCCGUUUGUUAAACUUCCUACUUUUCACCCACUGUUACCGAGGAUUCGCGAGCUCGACAAAUUUAUAGUUGAACUGGGCCGAUUUGCUCGUUAUAUCCCACAAAAAAUAUUAUGCUUCCCCCCUUCGAAAUUCGUGGCCUGCGCUGGCCAGCCGAGGAUCCUGAGAGUACUGCACGCGAGGGCUAUCUUCACGAUGCGUGGCCAGAGAUUAGACUUGAGAGUCAUGAAGAGUAUGACAGUCUUAUUCGCGAACAUCCUAAAACUACUUUAAGUUAUCUGGACGAGGAUGAUGGCGAAAUCAUUACCGUCGGCUCUGCGGAGGAACUUUACACUCGUGUCGAGGAUGUGUUUCCCACGCAAGGCUCGGCUAUUUUUGACUUACUCUUGCCUCGAACCGACCCGGAUUAUCAAGCUGCCCUCGAUAUUUGGCAGAGGAGAUUUGUGGAUGUUAGCCAUGCCAAGGCGAAAGCAAAAGGGAAGGCUCUCGCCGGGCUGAGCGAAUCGGAACCGAGUACGGCGAAGAGUGGUUUGCUUGUCGAUAUCGGUGACAAUGAUACCUCUUAUUUUAGUCAUAGCGAAACUGGUACCGAUGUCUAUACCCCUCAAUCACCUCUCUUGACGGCAUUUAGCAAUGAACUUGAGAGGAUCAUGCAAGAGGCUGCCAGGCCAGGGGAAGGCUCUCCUCUGCGCGCGCCGAGCCCACCACCUAGCCCGCCCGUUCCGUCAAUCCAGCCUGCGAACCGGAAUGGGGAGAUGCUUGCUCAAAGUCUUCGUGAAAUAGUUCGGGAUAUCGGAAGGGUUGCUCUUGAGCUUCGCGGAGAUGUCCCGCCGCAAGCUAGGCCGACGAUUGGUGCCUUUAAUAAUGCGCUCACUACUGCGCUCGGGGCCUUCACUUCCCAGCUUCAAAGUGUGGCACUUGAUGCGGCUAAUGCGGCUAAAAAUGCGGCUCAGGUCACGAGGGAUAUGGAUACUUCGGAGCUGGAGGCUCAUGGUCGUAAGGUGAGGGAGCUGGCAGAGACCAUUGGCCAUAUGGCAGUUCAGGGUGCUGGUGUUGCGAGAGAGGAAGUUGAAAAAGCGCUUGGGAGUGGUUCCGCCGAGAGUCUUGGUGAUCCCGUGGAGGCUGACACACAGACCUCCACGCGGGUUAUGGAGCAGUCGAGGGCAGGAAGUUAUAGGGCUACCGUGGAGACUGACGAUGAGGAGGAGAGGGAGGAGGAGGAGGACGAUGCUAGUAGGAGGGAUAGAAAGGGCGAGCGGAGGGCGAGGGCGAAGUCUGUUUGGGAGAUGCAUGACAACCUUGAGGGAACUGGAAUCAUUCCGGUGGCGGGAGAGGUUCCAUCUUCCAACGAUGCAAAUAGGAUUCCUAGCCCUGCCCCCCCGCUUUCUAUGCCCCAUGAGCCUGUUUCUCUGGGUGAACUGGAUAAUCAAUCAUGUUCCAGUGCCCCUGCUAUGCCUCCGCUUGAGCCCCCUGCUGAAGGGCCACCUUCCUACUUCCCCCAUGCUGGAUACCCCAUGCAAUCCGAGGAUGUUGGCGUGUUUCAUCCUUUGGAACCUGCCAAUUUUGGGUAUAAUCACCAACAUCCAUCUCGUCAUCCCCGUUCCCAUUCAUCUCGUUUCCCACCCCAUUUUUCCCCCGAUUGCUUUGGUCAGGGACUACGGAUGCCAGCGCCGCCGCUACCCCCGCCGCCACCUCCCCGCAUCCCCCACAGCCCAGCCCCUAUAUCCCCGCCCUCCCCCCCAUUCCCGCGCCACCAAAUCCCCCCGUACCCGCGCCGGCACAAUUCGUCCCAUUGGGGAUCCCCGAGUCGUGGAUGGGUCCCGGAAGAGGCAAGAUCCCGUCGUUCCGGGAUGUCACCACCGGAAUGGCCUUUGAGGAGAGAGGAUUCCGAUGUUUCGAUGAGAGAUGUUGGCUCCCACGAGGAGGAGUACACUCCCAGCUCGGAAGGUCCCAGAGAUCGGCGUGUGGGGCGAGAUGAUAGGAACAGGGAUCCGGAGCCAGCCCCUCGACCGAUUCGUCGUUCCAGUACAAUGAGGGAUGGCGCUAGGAGAGGAGGGCAACCAAGAGAUGGUUGGGCAAUCACCCAACCACCAAAUCGUGCUCCUUCAUUUGGGGGCUCGGGCAGACCAAACCCGAUCGCAUCUAUGCCCCCUACCCCGGGCCACCCUAGGCUUCGACAAUUUCCAUCUCUAGCCAACUUUCGAUCCCCCAUACCACCACGUCUUUCCCGUGAUUUGAACCAUAGAGCCUCGGUUUCCAACUUUCGCUCCGAGGAUCUGGACGCGCUAGUGAAUCCGUUUUUGACCCCUCCAAGGCAGCCUUCCCCAUCUAAGACUGUUCCUCCAGCCCCUGAACCGCCAGCUUCCGCAGUGUCUAUUCCAGGCGAGUGGCCUCAUGCAACCGUCGUGAUUCCACCACCCCCACCUCCGGCUCCAAUGAGCGCCUUUAGGGAAUCUCCCACCGCUUCCCCGGUCGUCGAGCGCGGCGUUGGUCCAAUCGCCCCCGCAGAGCCAGCCAGGAGACAACAGACUAGACCUAGAGAGCCUAACGAGCACCACUCCCCAAGCACAAAUCCUUUCCUUGAGCGCAGGCGAAUGCGCGAGAAUAGACUUGGCCUAGACGCUAGAAACUGGGGUGGACAGUCGCGCAAUAGAAGAACUAUCAUCCCUCCUAUCCCGGACCAGGAAGGAGACAAGAUUGAUAAGUGCGUUGCUGCGUUGAUUGAGAUGGGAUAUAGCGAUGAUGGAGGCGAGAGCGCAAUUGAGAGGUUGAGAGUUUACGCACAGAUUGUAGAGGGGAAUGUGGAGAAUGCGGUAGAGAUGUUGGAGGAGGAGAGGGAGGCGUGGCAGAGGAGGCAGUAGUAAAUUUCAUUCAUUUGUACCUGUGGAAGGCGGUGGAAAGUGGAUUGGUAUCUUUUUCUGUUGGGUGGUUGGCUAUGGAUGGAUUGCUCUUUCCAACCGUCUGGCUUAUGCUUUCCUUCUCUUUUUUGUUUUUCUUUUCCGCAUCGCUACGGUAUUUGCUCUUGGUUGGUCGGGUACACGUGCGUUGCCGUGGUUUAUAUUACUCUUCUCUUAUCCUCCUCUCUUCUCCUUUCAAGAUAACGGAUCAGAUCAGAUGUUUUAUGGUUGCUUUUAUCCAGUUGCUACGUGGGUUGGUUGAUUAGUUAUUUUAAGAAUUUAAGUAACUCGAUCCGUUUUUAUCAAA